UGUUAGCUUAAAACACUCCAGUGUACUCUCUCUGUGUUCUCCCUAGCAGUGAAGUCUGGAGGAGUGCGUGAGUGUUCUUUGUGACAUGCUAAUUUGCAGAUUUCCCCCAGUGUAAUUGUAGGAAGAUGCUGACUUUGGUUGUAUUCAGUGCUGUCUUACCAUAGCAAAUGUGAAAAAUCAAAUUUUGUCUUAGCAAGUUUUUUUUUCCUGCAAGGAAUGAACGCUGCUCACCCUAUCCUUAGUUGUGUUUGUAUUUGAUUGGGGCCAGGAUUUUUCUUAGCAAAAUUUUGAUGCAGAAGUAUCAAUGCAAGAUGGUUAACUAAUAUUUAAAUGAAAAACCAUUCUGUUAUUGAUUUUCAUAAUAAUGUUGUCACUUGAAUAGUAGAAGUUGUUACUUCUAAGAUACUAUCAGUGUCUUAAGUAAGCAAUAAGUAAAACAUUCUCUGGAAUCCACAUUGAUAUUAGAAGAAACUACUAAACAAUCAACUUCAACAAGGUGUUGAAGGUAUUGAAGAGGUCAAGAUUCAUAGUCAGAAACCAAUUCAGUCUUUUUUUAUUGGCCUUGUAAGAAGAUAGUAAUUUUUUUUACAGUGAGGGUGGUGAAGCACUAGCACUUGUUGCCCAGAGAAGUUGUGGAUGCCCCAUGCCUGGAAAAGUUGAAGGCCAAAUUGGAUGGGGCUCUGAGUACCCUGGUUGGGUGGAAGGUGAAAGUAUCUCUGCCCAUGGUGGGGAGUUGGACUAGAUGGCCUUUAAAGGUCCCUUCCAACUAUUAUGUGAUUCUGCAAUUCUAUUCUGUGGUCUAAAACCACUAAGAAAAUAAUGUAACUUCUAAUAUAUGAUCAGAAAAGUUGUAUUUUGUAUAUCUGUGAUGAGUGACAUGAAACUGCCUGAACAGAAUCACUUUGCAUGGUGGAAUUUGAUGCAUUUAUUUUUUAAAGCAAAAGGUGUUUUCAGAUAAGUGGAAGGAGCUAAAAAAGCAGACUUCUAAUGUGGAUGUGGUGUUACUUCUUCAGCCAGUUAGUGGCAAAUACAGCGUGACUUCAGCUUUAGUCUUAAUGAGUAUCUUGUGUUUGCAACCUGUUUGCUUCCUUUCUGUCUAUUUGUAUCUAUUACUUUAACUUAUUGACACUUUCCAUCCUGGCAAAUAAGUCAUAAUUACACUAUAUUUUUAAAACGUGUGUUACUGAGGUAGGAAAUGCUUGUACAAAGCAGGUGAUUCUGAAUACAUAUGUGUAGGUUCAGUUUCUCUGUAUACAUCUAACUACUCCUAUUGAAAAUAAAAGAAAAUCCCAAAGCCCUUAUUCUUCCCACAUGUAUAUCAACAGAUGUUUCCUAGUCAUGUGUGUACUUUUCAUGGCAGUUGGUCUCCCGUCUUCUGCAAUUACAUUACUUUCUCAGGAGUUGUCCAGGCUUUCAGGCACCACCUUCCAUGGUCAACAAUGAACAACGCCAACAUGCUGAGCACAUAUUCUUAUCAUUUAGAAAAUCAAAAUCACCAUUUGCUGUCUGCAAACAUAUUUUGGAAACUAGUAAAGUGGACUAUGUACUUUUUCAAGCUGCCACAGCGAUAAUGGAAGCAGUUGUAAGAGAAUGGAUUCUCUUGGAAAAAGCUAGCAUUGAAUCACUGCGAACAUUCCUUCUAACCUAUGUCUUACAAAGGCCUAACCUCCAAAAGUAUGUGCGGGAGCAGAUUCUAUUAGCGGUAGCGGUGAUAGUGAAACGGGGAUCAUUAGACAAAUCAAUCGACUGCAAAAGCAUUUUUCAUGAAGUCAGCCAGCUGAUCAGCAGUGGUAACCCCACUGUGCAAACUUUGGCCUGUUCCAUUCUAACGGCGUUGUUGAGCGAGUUCUCAAGUUCAAGUAAAACCAGCAACAUUGGACUAAGCAUGGAGUUCCAUGGUAACUGUAAACGUAUAUUUCAGGAGGAUGAUCUGCGGCAGAUCUUCAUGCUCACAGUAGAGGUACUUCAGGAAUUCAGCAGACGUGAAAACCUCAAUGCUCAGAUGUCUUCAGUGUUUCAGCGUUAUCUUGCACUAGCCAAUCAGGUCUUAAGCUGGAACUUCCUUCCUCCAAAUUUGGGCAGACAUUAUAUAGCUAUGUUUGAAUCCUCACAAAAUGUGAUGCUAAAGCCAACAGAAUCCUGGCGUGAGACCCUCCUGGACAGCAGAGUUAUGGAGCUUUUCUUUACAGUACAUCGAAAAAUCAGAGAAGAUACAGAUAUGGCCCAAGAUUCAUUACAGUGCCUGGCACAGCUGGCAUCUUUGCACGGGCCAGUCUUUCCUGAUGAAGGUUCUCAAGUUGAUUACCUGGCACACUUCAUUGAGGGAUUACUGAAUACUAUCAAUGGAAUUGAAAUAGAAGACUCUGAAGCAGUGGGAAUUUCCAGUAUUAUCAGCAAUCUGAUAACUGUAUUUCCUCGCAAUAUUUUAACGGCCAUUCCAAAUGAACUUUUCUCUUCAUUUGUUAACUGCCUCGCACACCUCACCUGUUCUUUUGGAAGAAGUGCUGCCUUGGAAGAAGUGCUUGACAAAGAUGACAUGGUAUAUAUGGAGGCAUAUGAUAAGUUACUGGAAUCUUGGCUUACUUUGGUCCAAGAUGACAAGCAUUUCCAUAAAGGUUUCUUUACCCAACAUGCUGUUCAGGUCUUUAAUUCCUACAUUCAGUGCCAUCUAGCUGCUCCUGAUGGCACAAGGAAUUUGACUGCCAAUGGUGUGGCCUCUCGGGAAGAAGAAGAAAUAAGUGAGCUGCAGGAAGAUGACAGAGACCAGUUCUGUGACCAGCUGGCCAGCGUAGGCAUGCUGGGGAGGAUUGCUGCAGAGCACUGCAUACCUCUUCUCACAAGUUUGUUAGAAGACCGAGUGACAAGGCUCCAUGGACAGUUGCAAAGACAUCAGCAGCAGUUACUUGCCUCACCAGCAUCAGGUUCAAUUGACAAUAAAGUGCUUGACGACCUGUAUGAGGAUAUUCAUUGGCUUAUUUUAGUCACAGGCUACCUCUUGGCUAAUGAUACUCAGGGAGAGACUCCGCUAAUACCUCCAGAAGUAAUGGAAUAUUCCAUUAAACAUUCAGCUGAGGUUGACAUCAAUACAACACUUCAGAUUCUGGGAUCUCCGGGAGAAAAGGCCUCUUCCAUCCCAGGGUACAACAGAACUGAUUCUGUAAUUAGGUUGUUAUCUGCUAUUUUAAGAGUGUCAGAAGUAGAAUCUAGAGCAAUAAGGGCAAAUCUCACACACCUCCUGAGCCCCCAGAUGGGCAAAGAUAUUGUAUGGUUCCUCAAGCGCUGGGCAAAGACUUACCUUCUAGUAGAUGAAAAGUUGUAUGAUCAGAUAAGUCUGCCAUUUAGUACAGCAUUUGGUGCUGAUACAGAGGGUUCCCAGUGGAUUGUGGGUUACCUUUUAGAAAAAGUGAUCAGUAACCUGGCAGUGUGGAGUUCAGAGCAGGACCUUGCAAAUGAUACUGUACAACUGCUAGUAACAUUAGUGGAAAGGAGAGAGCGGGCAAACUUAGUCAUUCAGUGUGAAAACUGGUGGAAUUUAGCUAAACAGUUUGCAAGGCGAAGCCCUCCUCUUCACUAUUUGUCUAGUUCUGUACAGAGAACACUAAUGAAAGCUUUAGUUCUAGGAGGUUUUGCUCAUAUGGAUACAGAAACAAAGCAACAAUACUGGACAGAGGUUCUUCAGCCACUUCAGCAGCGAUUCUUGAAUGUGAUAAACCAAGAAAACUUUCAGCAGAUCUGCCAGGAGGAGGAAGUGAAGCAGGAAAUCACUGCUACAUUAGAAGCGCUCUGUGGCAUUGCUGAGGCUACCCAGAUUGAUAAUGUAGCAAUUCUCUUCAAUUUCCUAAUGGACUUCCUUAAUAAUUGCAUUGGAUUAAUGGAAGUAUACAAAAACACACCAGAGACUGUUAAUCUCAUAAUAGAAGUGUUUGUUGAAGUUGCACAUAAACAAAUUUGCUAUCUUGGAGAGGCCAAAGCCAUGAACUUGUAUGAGGCCUGCCUAACUCUGCUCCAGGUAUAUUCCAAGAAUAAUCUAGGUCGACAACGGAUAGAUGUUACAGCAGAAGAAGACCAGUACCAGGAUCUUCUUCUUAUUAUGGAGCUUCUCACUAAUCUUCUAUCAAAGGAAUUCAUAGAUUUCAGUGAUACAGAUGAAGUAUUUAGAGGACAUGAACCUGGGCAAGUUACAAAUAGAUCUGUAUCAGCAGCAGAUGUUGUCUUAUAUGGGGUUAAUCUAGUUCUGCCUCUAAUGUCACAAGAUUUGCUGAAGUUUCCAUCUCUGUGUAAUCAAUAUUAUAAAUUAAUCACUUUCAUAUGUGAGAUAUUCCCUGAGAAGAUUCCACAACUUCCAGAGGACCUCUUUAAGAGCCUAAUGUACUCACUGGAGUUAGGGAUGUCAUCAAUGAGCUCAGAGGUUUGCCAGCUCUGUCUGGAGGCUGUAACACCGUUAGCAGAACAAUGUGCAAAAGCACAAGAAACAGAUUCAACUCUUUUUCUAGCAACAAGGCACUUUCUUAAGAUGGUUUUUGAUAUGCUGGUACUUCAGAAGCACAAUACAGAAAUGACAACUGCAGCAGGUGAAGCAUUCUACACAUUAGUGUGUUUGCAUCAGGCUGAAUAUUCAGAGUUAGUUGAAACAUUGCUAUCAACUCAACAAGAUCCAGUAAUUUACCAGCGGUUAGCAGAUGCCUUCAACAAGCUUACUGCAAGCAGCACUCCUCCUACACUGGACCGUAAGCAGAAGAUGGCCUUCUUAAAGAGUUUAGAAGAAUUUAUGGCAAAUGUUGGAGGACUUCUCUGUGUAAAAUAAACAACAAAACUCUAUGCCUAAUUUAGACCCUUUCUGCAAAAUGCACUGAGAAAUGCUGAAUGCUGACUAAAUCUUGUACCUGUCUCUGGGUUCUUUGCAGCCAUCUCAGAUUCUAGAGAGCCUGGAAGUUUGAACAUAACACCACGGAAUAGGAGAGGUCAACUUUGAAUCAGCUUCUGCUAUUAUGUGUUAGCUGCAAUCUGUCAUACUUGGGUGUGGAAGAGAAUGAACAGAAAAUCUGAAUUGAGUUUUUUUCCAUUUAUGCGCAAACAGAUAUGGGCACAAUGAAAUAAAUGCAGUGCCUUUCCCCUUGCACUGGUUUAAAAUAUGAGUGGUCAUGUAAACGUACAGAUUUCUUUUCUACCCAAAAUCAUGUUAGAGUGUGAAGCAGAUACAUGUAAAGCUCUAAACAGUUUAGCUGAUUUUAAGCUUUAUUUUUCCUCUCUUGAAGUUUCAGUUUGUGUUCCAAUGGGGAAGAAAAACCAAAUGAUAUUUUAACUUGUGUUUAGUUCUGGUUUUCUACAUCAACCUGACAUUGCAGGUUUAAUGCAAUGCAGGUUUUUACAUUAUGUUGUGCUGCCUAAAGUUCAAAGAAAAAAACAAGGUGUAUAUUUUUGUUCCCCAAAAAUGAACUUUAGGAACUGUAGCCAUUUCAUUGCCUUAAUUUAAAAGAAAAAAAAAAAGCUCAUAUACUUUAGGUAAGAACUUUAAGGCAAGAUUUGACUCUUGAGAGUUGGUUUAGGAUGUUGGCACUGAGCUGCUUAUGUACCUGUUGCAGCCCUUCAUGUUGACGUGUUGUUUUGGAAUGAGUGUCUAAUGCAAGGUUCAUGUGUAGUUUUACUUUCAGUAUCUGUCUUGAUUCUCACCUGGGUUGCAUGCAACUGCAAUGUGAUUCUACACUGAACCGUUUGCUUAAGCAAUAACAACCCAAAAGGUGUGAAUUACUGGCAAACUUUGUAAAGUUGGGCAUUAGCUAAAACAAUUAUGCUAGCACAGGGGCAUCAAACCCUUUUACUCAAGCAUGUCUGUUUGACUCCAGUGGGGAAGGGUAAUUGGGAGGUCUCUGAUUUAGGAGAUUUUUGUUUUUUGCUGAAUCUAGUCCCACUUCUGCAGAGCUCUCCCAGCUGCUCUGCCAGCUGCUCUGCUCUUGCUUGGUUUUUUAUAUCAGCACUUUAGCUUUUUAUUAUAGCAGAAUAUAGUGCCCUGAGUAUAUAGAACCAACAAGGGAGAGCAGCACAUGAAUAUGAAAGCAAGGCCUGCUUUGUCUCCUGUCAUGAGCCGGAGGAAACUGAAGCAAACACAAAUGCUGCAUGUCUAGUAAAAUUAUUUUUGUGGAAAUACACAGAGGCAGAAGUGGGCCCUUCUGUUUAAGAUUUCUGCUAGAUUAUGCUGUUAAAUAUUUCCCAUGUGUUUUUACAGUUUAUAUAAAAAGUCUGGUAUACACCUUUAUAUGGCUAUGUAUAGCUUUGUGUUUGCAAUUCUGUGCCAUUCUUCAGCUGUUCAUCUCAAAAUUAUUCACAAUAGCCAGAAUCUCACAACAGACACAAAUCUUUAAUACUGUGCUAUAAGUGAUCUAAGGUUUGUUGGGUUUUUUGUUUGUUUGAUUGUUUUUUUGGCAGUGUUCUGUUUUGUUUUUUCAUUUUUUUGUGGGUUUUUUGGGGGGGGCUGGUGGGGUUUUUUUGGUAAGUUAAAUCCGUAAGUGUCUCAAGGAUGGAUCCACAAGGCCAAAAAUGCCAUCUCUUUAUUAUCCUUUUCUCUUUUAAUUUAUGUGAAAACUGGGCAAGGGCAGAUUUACACAUUACAAAGUGACCAUAAAACUUCUUAGAUAAUAGUGUACCUUCCCAGAUAGUAUUUUAUUUCUAAGACAACUUGCAUAAUAUUUUAGAACAGGAGAAUUGCUCUCAAUUUUUGUCUUUAAACUCUAGUGCUUUUGUUUAAAGGAUUUCUUGACUGUGCACUUGCACAAAAUACAAUGAUCCUGGCAGAUCAUUCUGUUUCAAACUGUUGUGAUGGCUGAAUUUUUAUUUUUAAAUUGAGGUUUGCUGUUUUUAAAACUGCUUUUGGAGUUUUUCUGAGUUUGUACAUUGGAUGGGGCAGAAGUUCUGAAACCUCAUUUUUUUCAGAUGAAGGGCGCUGAAGCCUGGGAACAUCAGCAGCAGUAGGAGCUCCUGGUUUGUUAUAAUGUGCCUGAUGUCAGGUUUCUAGACUGAAGUCUUCAAAGAGAUCAUAGCAAAUAUUCCAUGUUUUGGGUCUGACUGAGUAACUGAUACACUCAGUCAUCCUUUCUUUUAUAACUAGCUCUGUCACUAUUGUUUUAUUAAUCCUAAAACUGGCUCACUAUUUAAAAAUAUUUAUAAACUUUAAAGGGUUGAAAUCUCUUGCAUAUUGUGAUGAACGGGAGCACAAAUUUGGUUUGUAUUCUGGGCAAAGUAAUGUGCAUACCCAUUACUUUUCAGGCCCAUUGUGUUGUAACAAGCAGAAACACACAGCAUUUUUGAGUAUCAAGACUUUAGCUGAACUAUGAACACCCACUUUCAAAGACUAGUUUUAAAGGUGGUUUCAAAUUUUGCUUUGCCCUUUGUUUAAAAAUAAUAUUAUAUGUUGAAGGAAAACUGUCCUCGUAAGGGUUUGGGGUUUUUUUGUAAUUUCCUGCUUUAUGUUACACUUGCCUGUUUUUUUUUAAUUUUCCUUUCAUUCUCAUAUAUUCAACAGGGAUCUUUCCAUGCCAUUUUAUGUUUCUUUUAGAGCAAUGCUAAGAUGUCUCUGCUUAGUGACAUCCGCGAAAUGGUUGCAAAGGCUUCUGGAAAUAAGUCCUGUUCAUUCAUAUUCCUCCUGGUGACUGCUUCUGCUUGAGCUAUUUGACUUCUGUAUCCCUUGUGUACCAAAAAAAAAAAAAA